AUGGCGUUGAAGUGCGGACCAGCGCAAACGCUUAUGAUAGAGGAUGCGUUGAAGAGAAUCGUGUACAGAGACGGCAGUCAGUCAUUGAAGCUCGAGAAGGAACAAGGCCUCGUGCCAAUGGGCGCAGAGAGCCCCUUUGGCGACUUCCCAGCAGGGUAAGUCCUCCUACUUCACACUACAACUACUUCUUGUUCUAAUUAGAUGAUCAUGAUACUCCUUGAAUCUUCGUCUGCUGCCUUCUGGCCUCUAGUUCUACGGUGCUCAACAGGAGCACACACAUGACAUAAUCUUCGUGAUCGUGUCACAAUAUUUUCAGCGCAUGUCGUUAUCACGAAUGUCGUCUUUUUUUGCUAAUGCGCUGAUAUGAAAGUACAUUUUCAUUUCAUCGAUGAAAAGUCGUUCCUUGACCUUUUUUCAUUUCAGAUACGGUUCGCAGAAGUUCAAAAAGCGCGUAGUACCUAGCAAGGUCGAGAAAUUUGUGAGGACAACAGACGGACUGAAACCGCCGCCAAAAGCGGGAGCCACUAUGCGAAGACCAAUCGCAGCGACCGAGUUCCGUCGUUUCUAUGACCGAGGUGACCUCCCAAUACAGAUCUUUCACGGAGCGGCGGGAGGAAAAAUCGCUUGGAAGGUACCAACCUGCAAGUUUCGUUUUACUAUCUUAUGUUUGAGGAGGGGUUUGUACGACGGAAUCUUGUUUUGUGACUCAGAGAGCUUGCUACUCCGGAAGCUCUUAUUUAAGUACGUGCUUGAGUAUUCGGUUUCGUAAUGGUAAUAAGUACUGACUACAUCUUCAACUAAUGCAACGAUAGAAUAACUACAGGUUGAGAUCGAGAAGCUGGACUAUCAUCACUAUUUGCCAAUUUUCUUCGACGGUUUGCGGGAGCGAGAGGACCCGUACAGAUUCUUGGCAGUUCAGGGAGUUUACGAUAUGCUCGCGAAGGGAGGGUCGAAGAUUCUGCCGGUUGUGCCGCAGCUCAUUAUUCCGAUCAAAACCGCACUGAACACGCGAUGUGAGGAAAUCGUCUGCACCACGAUCAAAGUCCUGAUUCAACUCGUCCUAUCCGCUGAUAUGGUCGGCGAAGCGCUCGUGCCGUACUUCUAAGGACUAAAUCUGGAUGGUGGAUGAUCUUCAAAUUCAACAGGUGUAGAUUUCAUUUUCAACAUCGUGUCGGAACUUGUGUACUUGGGUUGGUGUGCAACUUUCACUUACGUCCUCUUACACCACAUCCUCAUGCAGGUACUACCGACAGAUCUUGCCGAUAUUCAACAUUUUCAAGGGACACACAAAAAAUGUAGGAGACCAGAUGGACUACAGCCAGCGUAAGCGACUGAACCUCGGAGAACUGGUGAAUGAGGCACUUGAGGUGUUCGAGACGCACGGUGGAGAGGAUGCUUUCAUCAACAUCAAAUACAUGAUUCCAACCUACGAAUCAUGCGUGCUAUCCUAAGUGACAAAACACUUUUUGACAUAGUAGGAAGGAUGAUGAACAUCUUCGUUCUAUUUGAUCGGUUCAUAGUUUUGAAAAAAAAACGAGGAGAUUGGGCUCAGGGCUCGCAAGCCGUUCUGUCGCGCUCGUGUAGAAGUACAACACGAACAACAACAAGUGGUAUCUCGAAAAAAAGGAAGCUUUGAAGUACAAAAAACAUUAUGAUAUUGUUUAGUUGUUCUUCCACAUGAUCAUACAACAUGAAGUAGCGAGAUUCAAAGAGUGAAAAUAUUGAUACAAACAUGAAAGCUUAAAUGAAUUGUCAUAGUUACUUGCGUUCAAACUUAUGCUGACGAAAUUACUACAACACUAGACAUGAAAAAUGCAUUAGAUAGUUACCACCUUCUUCUUCAUAUUCCACAGUUACAGCGAGAUCUUCGCAUAGCAUUGCCUAUGUCAAAUUAAAAUGUAGAGUCGUAUAGAUCCUACUUUGUUCUUCGGACAAAAUCAUCGAUAGUUAGAUAUUGUCAUGAGUUAACACUUCAGAACAUCGACAUCCAUAGAAGUUGCAGUUUUGUUGUGACGUCAUUGAGAAUUGCAAAAGCCUACAGGUUCGUAUAAGCAAGUAGAUAAGAUCAGAGUACCCAUGCAUGCUGCUGUUUGUUAGUUGUAGAUUGUAAAAAUUAUGUUGCGUUUCUGGAUGAUGAAAACAUAAUGAAGACAAAGUGUCAGCACCUUCCCCCAGACCACGCCCGCGUACAUUACUUAAUAUACCAAGAUGCUGAUGCUGUUGAAGAUUGAAAAGCGACCGAAGGAUUAUAUGAAUGUAGAGGACUAGCUGAAGAAAUAAAAGAAUUUGAAGAGAGAAUUCAUAGGCUGAUUUUGAGGAGUGGCACUGGUACUUGCAUCAAUCGUAACGCGAGGAUGAAGACCCA